UAGAUCGGUACGGCCACGCGUUCCCCUUCCCCUCUCGCAGUCUCGCCUCGCUUCUCCUCCGUCGCACCCGCGCACUCCGCCCGAGCUCCCACCCCACCCCGCCUCCUACACCUCUCGCGGCGCCCCCGGCCUGGCCUCCGCCGGCGGCCAUGGACACCGAGUGCCGCGGGCCGCAGCAGGGGGGCUCGUCCUGCUGGGCGACGGGCGCGGCGGCUUGGAGUUCAUCGCAGCAGAAGCGCCAGCGAUGCGAGGGUUCUUCCAGCGACCAAGUUGGAUCCAGCACAAGUGCUUCUGUGCAAAUGUCUGAAUCAGAGCUACCAGAUACUGAUUACGUAGAAAAUGAGGAAGAGGAUUACUAUAUGGAUGAUGAUGAUGAUUGUGAUGAUGAAAACGGCGAUGACUCUGAAUAUGAAUUCGAUGAAGCUGACUUUAAUCAGCAGCUUGCUGAUAAAUUUGAUGAUUUAGAUCUGCCUCCAGGUGUGGAGGCUACUGUACCAUGGCUUCAGAAACUUGCAGCCAAUGACGAGCAGGACGGAGCGUCAGAUGAGUUAGUUGAGGAUGAAAUUACAAGGAAAUAUAAGGCAUUUCAACAAUUCUACACUGUUCAAAAUUUCUCUGACCACCAUUAUGCUAAUAAAUCAGUGGGGAAGACAAGCAGGGAAUGGGCAAAGAGAAUUCAACAUGACUGGAAACUUUUAGAGAAAGAUCUACCAGCUUCUAUCUUUGUCCGUGUUGCUGAAGAUAGAAUGGAUCUUCUUAGGGCUGCGAUUAUUGGCCCUAAGGGAACACCCUAUCAUGAUGGUCUCUUCUUCUUUGAUGCACAUUUUACCUCUAAUUAUCCUUCAGAGCCUCCGUUGGUGUAUUACCAUUCUGGAGGGCUUCGACUUAAUCCGAACUUGUAUAAUUGUGGAAAAGUCUGCCUUAGCCUCCUUGGUACCUGGAGUGGUAGUGGUUGCGAGAAGUGGAACUCAGCUCACUCAACCAUGCUGCAGGUGCUUGUGUCCAUUCAGGCUCUCAUUUUGAAUGAGAAGCCAUACUUCAAUGAACCGGGAUAUGCAGGCUCUGCGAAUACCACAACUGGACAACAGCAUUCUGUAGAGUAUAACAAGACCACAUUUCUGCACUCCUGUAGGACUAUGCUGUAUUCACUUAGAAGGCCUCCGGAGCACUUUGGAGACCUUGUCGCCGGCCACUUCCGGGAACGCGGACGCACCAUUCUGGCAGCAUGCAAACACUACCUAGAGGGUAACAUGGUUGGAUCGGAGGUCCCUGAAGAGGAAGAAGCGGAAUACGACGGCACUGGAGCAUCUAGCAGCAGCAGCAGCAGUAGCAGCAGUGUACCAAAGAAGCAACAAGUGAUGAGGGUGGAUCCUCUGGGUAGGCGCACUCAGUUCACUGACAACCUCAAGACGCUGUUUGAAGAUCUUCUGAUGGAGUUCAACGUGAAGGGCGCUGACACUAGGAAGUUCCUGGAAGACAAGGUUAAGAAGAACCUGCCCGCAGCCUGAAGACUGCGUGCGCAGGUAGGAGAUAAUUUGCCUGGUAAUGGGGGUGAUAGCUGCAGGCUCCCUAACUAGAAAUAGGUAACAAGGUGGUGGUAGUAGUUUGCUUUCCUGAGUGCAGGGAAGAUUUUGUAGAUAAGUAGCGACUUUCAGUAAUUGUUGGAACUCGAACUUAUUCACCGGAGGAAUGACCUGAAUCAACCGAGUGCCGAUUCUGACGGUACCCUAUUCAAGUUAGGCAUAUAAUAUUAUAUUAUACCUAAAGCGUAUUUUGCA